GCGGCGGAGCGCGGGCUGCGGAGGCGCAGGAUGGCGGAGCGGCCGGAGGACCUGAACCUGCCCAACGCCGUCAUCACCCGCAUCAUCAAGGAGGCGCUUCCUGAUGGAGUCAACAUUUCCAAAGAAGCCCGGAGCGCGAUAUCCCGAGCAGCAAGUGUGUUUGUGCUGUAUGCAACGUCCUGUGCAAAUAACUUUGCCAUGAAGGGGAAGAGGAAAACGCUGAAUGCUGGUGAUGUGCUCUCUGCCAUGGAGGAGAUGGAGUUCCAGAGGUUCAUGGUCCCUCUGAAGGAAUCCCUGGAAGUUUACAGGAGGGAGCAGAAGGGGAAGAAGGAAGCCAGGAAGGACAAAGACAAGAAGGCAGACUCAGAGGAGCAGGAUAAAAGCCGAGAGGAAGACAAUGAUGACGAUGAUGAAAGGAUGGAGGAGGAAGAGCAGAACGACGAGGAGGAGGUGGACAACUGAGCUGGCCGAGAGGGGCCGGGCUGUGUGCAGAGGGAUAUAAACACUGUAAAUCAACCUUGCUGUGUCCUGUUUCCAUUAGAGCUUUGUGCUGGCCCUCUGCAGCCUGUCCCUUUGGGGCUUUAAUUUGGACAUAAAGGACUUGUGCUGAAGCUUUUCCCUUGGCAGGGCAGCUCCUCCUGUGCCUGGGGGGCUUGGCCCCCUCCCUCCUCUGGGCAGACCUUUGGUGCUGGGUUGGCUCUGAAAUAGAGGAUAAAAGAGCUGGCAAGGUGCUCAGUGCAGAAGCUGAGAGAGAGAGGACAUGAGAACUCCUGAACCUCAGGGGCUGAAUCCAGCAGACCAUUAACCCUCUGGGGUGUAGAACCCAGGUGAUGAUGUCAGGAGGCUUGGAAGCUGGACAUUUUAGCUUUGAUCCAAGGGAUUCAUUUUUUUUUUGCCUGUGUUUCCUCACAUCCUGGCUGUGCCUUCUCUCCCUGCUGUGCUGACAGUGCCUCUGUCCUUCAGCCUGAGCAGCACUACAGGCUGGCCAUCCAGGGGCCAUGAGUCCACUCACUGAUCACCCAAACCACCCUCAAUCCAAACGCUUCACAGCCCUGGAAAUGUAAAGUGAACACUGAAAGUGUCUUUAGAGCCCUGAGAGAUUAAAUUAAUUUAAAAUCUGAAGCAAAAUGAAGGGUUAAAAUGAGCUCCAGGGGUACAAACAGGUGGCUUUGAGCAGUGCUGGGUGUGUGGCCCUGGGGGUCUGGUGGUGUCACCUGUCCCUCCUCUGAGGAGCUGCAGCUCCUGCAGCAAGUUUAAAUGUGGCAGAACAGAGUGGUGGAUUGUGGUGCCUUGGUUUUGUUUUUGUUUUUUAAUUUUCCCAAUUGGAAUGGACUAAUUCCAUCCAAGACCCCUCUGUAGCCUUUGCUGGUCAUUCCAGGGACAUGGAUACCUCCUGGAGCAGUGGGCAGGAUGUGCCCACCCAGGAGGCUCAACCUCAGGCCUCUGCUUUCAAAAAAAAAGGCUCCUGCAGGAAAAGAAGGUUGAAAUAAGCUGUUUGUAUCCCCUUGUGCCAGUGCAGGUUUGUGCUUUUCCACUUGGACUGUUAGUUUUGAUGCCUUGCCUUUCUCUCUCUGAGGAAGUACCUAGAGAGGAAGCUCCUUUGGGGGGAAAACGCUUUAUUUGACUUUUGGGAGACUAAUACAUCUAAUAUUUGAACUUCACAGAUGGGGUGAAGGAAACCUGAGGAAAGUUUUUUAGGUGCAUUUAAGUAGAACCCACGAGUUUUGCUGACGUGCAGUUUUAAAAUAGCACUUGUGGGGACUCAUAGAUCCUUUCCACCAAAAAAAAAAAAAAAACCCUGCUGCAGAGCCACCCACAAGAGCCAACCCUGCCUUCCUGCUUUUCUGGCACGCUGGAUUUUCACACACACACACACACACAAGGCCAGCUCCUGAAAAAAAGAACUGAAUCAACACAGAUUUUCUGCUGUCCUGCAGUCAGCACAUGGAAAGCCUGAACGUCUUCCCAACAUCUCUGAUAAACACCUGCCUUCCAGCUCUUUUUCUUCCUUUAUUUUCUCUUCAGUACAUAUCUGGUGUGCAUAUUCUGGAAGGGAAUGAUGCCUAAAUAAAAGCCAGAUUUUGGGUUUGUU